AUGGAACACAACAAUGGACCUGUACUCCUGGAGUUACUAUGUGAUGAACAUAUGAUCAACAUGAUCAAGCCCGCCAACAUUGACUUGUUCAACACAUACUUCAACUCUAAUAACAACAACAGCAUUGCUUGCACAUUCAAAAUGAAGCUCGCUCUCUUGUAUCCAGCCAUCGACACUGGUAACGUGGAACUUGUGCGAUUGCUAAUCAAACAUAACUGUUUCAAGAGUCAACCGAGGAAUGGCUCGCUCAUUGGAGAGCUCUCGAAACCUGGUGUGAGCUUGGAGAUGCUCAAGGUGUUGCACGCGGAGUUUGAUGAUAGUGAUCACUUGUUUGACCCGGUGCUUGAAGAUCUGAUUUGGAUUGAAGCACUCAAACAUUCAAUAUAUCACAAUAUGUUGGAUAGUGUACAAUACAUCAUCAAACAUAAACCUCGAUCAUUGGUCUCACAUCAAUGGGAGGAUGUAUUGGAAGAAUGCAUUCAGCUUCUGUCAACCACCAAGCAUGGCAACGUCAAUAUACUUCAAUCACUACUUGGGACUAGUUAUCUAUAUCCUCAUCUUGAUCAAUUGAUUGAGACCUUGGUCGAUUAUGGACAUGUUGAUAUUCUCAAAUAUAUCCACUCGCUUGAUUAUGUUAAAUCAUCAUCAAAGCGAUCUAUCUGUGGACAUUUCGAUGUUGGUUUUGGCAAGCUGAUUGUCACACCCAAGGCAGCCAUUAUCACAGAAGACUUGGAGAUGGCCGAGGCACUACUUCCACAAGUGGUAGAGAUUGGUGCUAUUAUCUGGCAACAGAUGUCAAUGAGCAUGGCAAUGCUCAUCACUCAUCCCUCUCACAAACAUCUCCAACUAUUCAAUCAUACCAAUUUGAUGCACAUGUUUGAGUCAAUGUCCAUGGAUGGAAGCCAGAUCACUGUUGACAUGGUACUCAACUUCAUUCAAAACUGUCAUGACACUGAUGUCAACGGCGAUGUGUUUGAGGAACUACUAAAAGUGGCAACAAGGAUCUCACCAUUGAUCAUGAACAAGAUUCUUACAACUUUCAGAGUACCAUUUGUAAUGGAGACUUUCGCCGAGGCAUUGAAUAUGGAUAUGGACCCGGACAAGACCAAUGCCAAAGCCAAGGACAUCUUUGAUACUUUGUCAAUUAUAUUUGAUCGAGUUGGUAAAGAAGAACUGGAUGUAUGGUCACGAGAUGAUCAGAUCAAGGAGUUUGCGAAUGAACUGAUUGGAAAGGCAUCUUUGGACACUGUAGUACUGAUUCUGGACAAUCUGCCCAGAGUCAAGAAUGACAUUGGUGUAUGUGGCAUUGUAAUGGCCAAUCCCAACAAUGAUGUGGUCCAAUAUGUAAUCAAUCAAUUCACAUUGGAGGAUAUACAAUCACCAGUCAACAUACAGGACAUCAUUCACAUGGCAUAUUGCAAUGAUAACCUUUAUGCUUUGAACAUGCUUUGUACUAUGAAGCGAAACAAGGCUACAAUCGGUACUUUGAUUGAUGCAUCUGAAUACAAUGCAUACCACGUACUUGAGCAUUAUCUUGCAUCCAUCGAGUUCAACUCACUUCCCAAGGUAGACAGACUGCGUACAAUCAACUCAAUCAUGUUGCCAUCAUUGAUGAAAGGACAUUCUCGAAUCGUCAAUCACUCUCAAUCACUCAUCAAACUCAUUCAAUCAAACAAGAAGAGGGAUCGCGAGGAAUCACCUGCAGAGGAAAUCGAUGAGAGCAUUGUCGUCAAUGCCUCGCCACGCUUGGAAACUGCAAUUCACAAGGUGUUCAGUGAUGGCAAGAUAUGUGGAAUGAUCAUGGAACAAGUGGGCAUCAUAUAUGAUACUAUUGGUGUGCCAACGAUGAAAGGAUCAAUCCUUUGUUCAAAGAAUAGUCUUGAGAACUUGAUUGAAUAUGGUGCAAGUCAAUGGUUCCACGCUGCCUAUCAAUCAUUCUACACACAUGAAGAUCGUUACAACUCCACACUGCUUGAGAAGGCCCUGCUAUACCCCAACCAAUCAAUCAUGGAUACAUUGCUCAAAGAUCCCAAGAUGUUGCUCCCCAACAAUGAAGAGUUUAUGAGCCUAUUCAUUGAGCUGCAAUCAGAAUGUAGUCAACCUGGAUGGGAAAGAGCGUUGGAGCAGUACAUAUCAAUCACUUUCCAGACCCCCGCCCACACGUCAAUCAGUCAGGACCAGUUGAUCCAGAUCAAACAUCCAUCAUUCCUCAACAAGUUAUUGACACUUGGAUACCGAUUUGAUCAUCUGAUCAAAUCCAAAGACAGUGUGGAUACACUUAUCACUAACUGGUUUGACAAGCCAUGGGCAGUGGACAUGUUCAAAGUACUACGUGCCAACUCAUUGGUCACAACUAGUAUCCAGAGAUCACUUUUGAAGCAUUCAAUCAAACUCAACAUCAUUGAUAUAGUAAGAUACUGCAUGGUGGAUGUUGGAUUGGACAUCAUGUUGGGCGAGGACCUGGGAAGACAUCCAGGAUAUACAUUAUUAUUGAAUGUAGUUGAACCAUCAUCAUCCUCAGCAGAUGUGCGAGAGUUGAUACUCUCACACUAUCCCCUCGAAUCCAUUACCAUGCCGACACGAGAUGAUGUGGGGAAGGAGAUGUUCUGGGUGUUGAACAAUGUCGCAAUGAAUGGCAACUUGGACCUGUUUGUUAAGUUGCUCAAUACUACACAGGCCAAAUCAAUCAAUCAAUCAGCAUUUCCACAUCUAUCAAUUGCGCUCCAGGCUAACAAUCACUUGGAGUUGGUCAACUACAUCCUGGAGACAGAACCAAUACAUGCGAUCAAGGCAGGAAAGAAGGAUGUCAUCGAGUUUAUGUUGAACAUGCACAUGGCAACAGACUAUCACGGAGCAUUUCAUGAGGCGAUGAUCCAAAGAGAUAUAGACACUGCAAAGAUCAUCUUGGACAAGAUUGGACACAUGGUCAAGGGCAGCAAGAAGAUCGAUGGAGUAUUUGUCUGUCAUUUAUGCAAAGCGGCAAGACAUGACAAACUCACUGGCAAUGACAUUGUUGAUAUGGUCAAGGCCGUUUAUAAUGGACACAAAGGAUCGAUUGAUGUAUCAAGCAUCACUCAGAUACUUUUAUCGAUAUCAUGUGUUUCAAGUGAACACCUACAACCUAUGAUCGACCUAUUGAACUGUAUCUCUGAUGAUGAUAUUGAACAACAAUUGGGUCAAGAGCAUUACAAGAUGAUAAUAGAUGAUUGUGUUGUUAGAGGUGACACUCAAUCAUUCCAAUGCAUCUUGGACUUGGCCGCCACCAGAUCUCCACCAUUCAAACCAAGCGAUUUAAUCCCAAACCAUAUGUCCAACUCUAUUAUGAUGGAUUACAUCUUGGACAAAGGUUACCUCAAGUUGGAUGGAUCAUCACUCACUUUGAAGUAUAUUCUAGAAUGGGCAUUUGAGAAUGAUUACGUUGAUGUGGUCAAGUCGAUCCAUCAGAGAUGUACAUCACUGGCCCAACUCAAGAGAUAUCUUCCAACUCUGAACACAAUUCAACAACACCUUGAUGCUAUUGUCGAACCAGCUUAUGAACAUGGUUACAUCAACAUCAUUGAGUUGUAUCAACGAGUAUCGAAGAAAUGA